CUGAGUUCCCAGUACAUUGUCUUACUAAUGUCUGAGGUGCAUGGUGAGAAGCUGGUAAUGCAAGUGACUAGGCUAUGUACAAUGGCAGACUUCUACUGUCCAGAUUCACAGGUCACCUCAUUACAAGAUUAUAUUUGUUCUUUGGACCUUUCUACUCUUCCCAGGAUUCUGGAGAUCCAUUCCGGAGUUUAUUUCCAAGGGUCAGUCUAUGAAAUAUCAGGAAACGAAUGCUGUUUGUCAACAGGAGAGCUAAUUAAAAUAAUACAUGUCGAGCUCCAGAAAGUCGUCUGUGAAAAUAUGGACAAUGAAUGCGUAUUUGACCUCUCAUUAAACUAUUCAGGGAACUUCAAGCUUAUUCCCGAUGGAUUCCCUUUCACAUCAGUGGAAGAAAUCAUUAAGUCAUUAGGAAUUGAAAAUCAGAACUCAGAAGCAAUCUCCUUUCAGUCCCUCACAGAUAUCAUCACAGACCAUGCUGUUAUUGGAAAGGGAGAGCCCAUAACAGUCGUGUCAACUGAGUACCACGAGGGACAGAUGUACGCAGAUUGCAUUGUUGAUGGUGAUUUUGAGCAGGUCCAUGUUGCACUCCCAUUUACGCUGAAAGGGGAGUUUUAUGAAUGUCAAGACGACAAUCUAUAUACAGUUAAAGACAUCAUUGAGUCCAAAGUUCUGACAAAACGGAGAGUAAGGCUUGAUGAAACGAAGGGCAUCUGCAUGCCCAAGCAUUUUAAUGGGGCACUGGUGCUGUCACCUGUAUAUGAGAUUCAAGCGAUUAUGCACUACAGAAAAGAGGCAGUGAAAAUACCCUCAACUCUGGAGGUUGACGUGAGGGAUAUAACGAAGGAACAGAAAGACAUGACAUUCAUCCAACCAUUGUCACUGUCUGAUAUUGUAAACCAGCCGCAUGAGAAAUUUCCAAUGUUGGUCAAAAUCCUGGAUGCCCCAGAACAGCAGCCCCCCUUUAAGAGUGAGUGGUUUCACUCACUGAGGAAGGGCAGAGUUCUGAAAAUUCACAAGAAGCAGUUGUUGAAGAAAGUCCUCGCCACAUCCAUGCUUAACAAGGUCAGCCGGCAUUUCUUAAUUUGCACAACCUACAAGGGAACUUUCAAAAGGCGGCCAAGGGAGUUCGCGACUGUGUUUGAUCUCUGCAACGCCAUCAGCCCAGAGGACCCUUUGAAUGUUGUGGUUACAAAAGACUGCAUGUGGAAUGAAGAUGGGUUGUCUUCUCUAUGCGUGGGUGACCGCAUAGUCACCAUGUUUAGGACUACUAUGCAAAUGACCAUUGAUGGCGUACUUCAAAAUACUGAUGUGCUCAUGUGCAGCAAGAGCCCAGAAAGUGAAGAUGAGGAUGAGGAAGAGGAUGACUAUGUGAUGCUUCCUUUGUACCUGGAGGGACGAUUUGUAGAAGAAGUCCAUGACACCAAGAGAUACAAAAUCUUGGAAAUAUGUGAUAAGUUCAAACUCCCUUUUCAAGUGAAAACCACAUCAAGAGAUCCUUCUUUACCAAACGAUAUUUUAACAUCCUUCCCAGCAAUCAAGCUGGAGGAGAUAAUCGAGGUGCCCAAUUUGGUUGUCAGUUUCCUAGAGGGCCCUUCUGAGUGCUUCUCAAUCCCAGUUGACUGGAUGACCAUGAGUGUCUGCCACCUGGAAGGUUGUCCCACAGAAGACCAUAGCCUUAAAAAUGCAGCCUCGGUGGAAGAGUUGACUGAUUUCAUGUACUAUGAUCUGCGGAAAUUGUCUACUGCAACUCUGUGUCCUCCACCACGACCACCCAAAAGACAAAGCAUAUCUAUUCUCUCACCAGACCCUACCCCAGUUGGACCCCUUUGUCGCUCUCCUUUUCCAGAUUCUGAAAAGCAACAACCACCUUUACCCCCUAAGGGAAUUCCUGUGCCCCUAAAACCUAACAUCAUCGCUGAGAAUGAAGCAAUACCGCCAAGCUUGAGAAAACCCUUCUCCAUACAACCUGUACAAGCUGCUCCUAAUGAAUAUACAAAAGCACAAAAGGGGGAAACAAAGAUGGCUCCAGAAGCCCCUGAAAAAAUGACAGAAGAAUCAGGUGAUGACAGUGAUCACGACUACGAACAGAUAGAAGAAGGAUUUGCCCUGAUGGCUUUGCAGAAAGUGAAAAGAUGGGCAUUUUAGUAUUUGCAAAACCAGCUGAGCAGCCUGGUGGGAAUCAAGGAUGAACAACUUGUUCAGGAACCUGCUUCCAGCUGACUACAAGCUUAGCUUCAUUGAUAUAAAACAAAUCGUUCAACCCAAAGUACUGUAUUACAAAAGAACUGUUGCUUUGGAAAGAAAUAAAAUACAUCUUUUGAAGAUGGAUCAAAGAAAAAUAAUCAACUCUCAUCCCAGAGCUUGUUGUAGCUUUGAAAAUAAUGUUUGCUGAAUGGUGACAGAUUAACGCAUUGAAAAUCAAAGCCAUUGUGAUGAUUCUUUCACCCAGCUGAAACACAUGUAUCUGUUGUGUGCACAUGGCUGGUAGUACUGCAAGGUAAAAAAAUACAUUGUUAUGUUAAUUCAUUAAAAAGGACAUUGGGAAAUUACCAAUGUUUGCUUUGUUCCCAGGGGGAUGGCUACUUCAUGCUGCUGGUUAUUGUAAUGAAUCCAAGUCAGCCAGAAUGUUCAUGUAAACUAGCUUAUGACAAUUCAACUCUGCAGUCCGUCACAUCCAGUUAUAAGUGGCGGUGGAUAACUAAAAAGCUAACUGUAAGAGGAAGCUCCCCAACAUCCAAUCCUCAAUGACGGGAAUGCCCAGCACUUCAGUGCAACAAACAAUGCAUUUGCAACCAUCUUCUGCCAGAAAUGCCAAGUGAAUGAUCCAUCCCAGAUGCCAGUCUUCAGCCAAUUUGAUUCACUCCACAUGAUAUCAAGAAACAGUUGAAGGCACUGGAUACAGCAAAGACUAUUGGCCCUGACAACAUCCCAGCUGUAGUCAUGGUGCUCCAGAAAUAGCUGUGCCCCUAGCCUAACUGUUUCAGUACAACUACAACCCUAUCAUCUACCAGAAAAUUGCCCAGGUAUGUCCUGUCCACAGAAAGCAGGACAAAUCCAAUCUGGUCAACUAUCACCCCAUCAGUCUCAAUCAUCAGCAAAGUGAUGGAAGGUGUCAUUGCCAGUGCUAUCAAGUGGCACUUACUUCAGCAAUAGCCUGUUCUUCAAUGCUCAGUUUUGGUUCCACCAGGGGCACCCCGCUCCACACCUCAUUACAACCAUGGUGCAAACUUGAACAAAAGAGCCAAGUUCCAGAGAUAAGGGGGGAGCAGCUGCCCUUGACAUCAAAGCAACUUUGACUGACUGUGGUAUCAAAAUUGAAGUCAAUGGAAAUCAGGGGGAAAGCUCUCCAUUGCAGUCAUAUAUAAUACAAAGAAAGUUGAUUAUGGUUGUUGGAGGCCAAUCAUCUCAGCCCUGGGAUAUCGCUGCAGGAUUUCCUCAGGGUCGUGUCCUAGGCUCAACCAUCUUCAGCUGGUUCAUCAAUGAACCUCCAUCCUAAAGUCAGACGUGGGGAUGUUCAUGGAUGAUUGCACAGAGUUCACUUCCAUUCUUCGCUCCUCAGAUACUGAAGGAACUCAAGUCACAUACAGCAAUUCCUGGAGAACAUUCAGGUUUGGGCUGGUAAACAGCAAGUAACAUUCACAAAACACAAAUGCCAGGUAAUGGCCAUCUCCAACAAGAGAAAAUCUAACCAUCUCCCCUUGACAUUCAACAGCAUUACCAUCAUUGAAUUCCCCCACCAUCAAUAUCUUGGAGGGUCACCAUUGACCAGAAACUGAACUGGGCCGGCCAUAUAAAUACUGUGGCUACAAAAGCAAGUCAGAGGCUGGGAAUUCUGAGGCAGGCAAUUUAGUUCCUACCUCCCCAAAGCCUGUCCACCACUGGCAUUCUCCUAGGACAAUGCCUCACUGAUCCUCAUAAUUUGUUAGAGAAACGAUUGCUGGACUGUUACCUGAUCCUGCACACCUCUUUGGCCACUGACACCCGCAAAUGUGAUAGAGCAGUCUGAGCCUGUAUGACAGAAAACAUGAAUCUCAUGACCUCUAUCUGAGCUUCCACUGCAAAACUGAGAUGUUGAAUGGCUUUCCCUUGUGCUAGAUUGGAAACUAAGACAGCAACCAGAAGACGCUGCAUCUCAGCUGGGUUCAAAAGUGCCAUCUUGGAGUUAGCCACCAGUUCCACACCAGAAAAGAUGGGCUCCAAACUCUGCAUGAUGCCCUGUGCUACACUGAAGUCAGACCCCUCAUUUUUCUCUCGACAGUGAAAAAAGGCUCUGUGCAAGGGCUACCAAUGCACCAAAUAUGGCACCAAGUAAGGGGAGACAAUAGCAUAGUGGUAAUGUUGCUGGACAAUUAAUGUUCUGAGAGCAGAGUUUCAAAUCUCACCAUGGCAGCUGGUAGAAUUUGAAUUCAGUUAAUAAAAAGUCUGGAAUAUUAAGCUAGUCUCAGUAAUGGUGACCAUGAAAUCAUUGUUGAAUGUUGUAAAAACCCAUCUGGUUCACGAAUGCCCUUUAGGGAAAGAAAUUUGCCAUCCUUACUUGGUCUAGCCUACAUAUGACUCCAGACUCACAGCAAUGUGUUUGACUCUUACCUGCCUCUGAAAUGGCCUAGCAAGCCACUCAGUUCAAGAACAAUUAGGGAUGAGCAACAAAUACUGGUCUUGCCAGUGAUGCCCACAUCCCACGAAAAAAAGCAGCACAAUGUGCAUGUUUAUCAGUGCUCCUGUUGGCCACCCCACCAAACUCCUCCUAUGAAACCCACUGCAUGGCACCUACACAUUCACAGGCAGUGAAACAACAAACAACACUCCUCCAAAGUGAUUAAAUGCAACAACUAGCAUGGUACGGAUAUUACUGGCCAAUCCUAGUCUUUGCUCAGUUGAACCCAGCUAAGAUAGCAAUGGAUUCACAAUUGGUCCCAGUAUCCAAGGAAAUCUUAUUCAGUGCUCCCAUUUCCUGAUCACCUCCAAUAACCUACUUUGGAUUAAUUGAAGGGAGUGGUGGACACAUAUGAAAGGAGGUAGUGGACAAGGAAAAGAUGAGGCUCAGAUUACCACCUGGGUUUCAAAGUAAAAAAAAAGUCACUUCAGUGAAGCAAAAUCUGCAAAAACAUAUUUCAACAUGAAUUAACUGUUUCUAGGAGAAAAAAAAAGGAAGACCAAAGAUAACUAUGCAGAGAACCAUUUAUAGAUUCAUGGAUCUGGCUUUCUUAAAAUUUCAAAGGUUGACCAGGUAACACUGGAGUGGGGAUGGAAUGAGAAAGUUCUGUGAUACAACACUUUCCAAACAAAAAAAUGAACAAAGGGGAGUAAACGCUCACACAGUUCCACAUUUCAUUAGUGGUUUAUGUAUAAGAAGUAGUAAAUAAAGUUAACUUGUUCUAUAUUA